CUCUCCCAGUCCUCUCCCAUUCACUCUCUCAUCGUCCCCUCCUCUCUCUCUCUUUCUCAGUCAUGUCUCUCAUCAUCCCUCUUCUCUCUCUCUCUUCUCUCAAGCGACCCUCCUACCGGCCACCGGCCACCACUGUCGCACACGAGCACCCACCUCCUCACGCGGAGACGGUACACAGCCCACCUCCCAACCGGCGACGGUACAACCCAUCUCCCCACCAGCGACAGAGAAACAGUAGCUACUUGAUUUGUCUCUCCUCCAGCGCACAUCAGUUGGGCAGAAUGGACACUACAAAAAAACAGUUGACCAAACCAAGUACCGAAACUAAGAAGGUAAUGAACUAUGAGAAACAAAGAAUGAAGACAAUUAAUAACAAUCAUGAGAGAAUGAAUGCUCUAGGAGUGAAGAAUAUAACAACCUGUUUGAAGGUUGCGGUUCAACAUAAGAAAUUAAGGAAGGAAAAACAAAUACCAAUUGAGGAAAAUGACGAUGAUUAUCGACUGUCAGAGGCUGAAGAUGGCAGUGACACUGAAUCCUAUGAUUCGUUUGAGCAUGAGCUGUUAGAGAUACCAUCGAGAGCCCGGGGAGGAGUAUGCAAGAAACCACUCACCGAAGGAUGUUGA